CCUCCUGGAAACCCACCCAGAACCUCCAGUCUCUGACACCAUGUGCAACUCCUCUUGUGGCUCCUGCUGCUCUGGCCAGGGCUAUGGCUGCUGCCAGCCCAGGUGCUGCCAGACCACCUGCUGCAGGACCACCUGCUGCCGCCCCAGCUGCUGUGGCUCCAGCUGCUGCAGGCCCUGCUGUGUGUCCAGCUGCUGCCGCCCCUCUUGCUCUUGUGGGUCCAGCUGCUGUGGCUCCAGCUGCUGCCGCCCCUGCUGCUGCAUCUCCAGCUGCUGCCGCCCCUCCUGUGACUCCUGCUGCUGCCAGACCUGCUGCCGCCUGCGUCCAGUCUGUGGCAAUGUCUCCUGCCACACCACCUGCUAUCGCCCCACCUGUGUCAUCUCCACCUGCCCCCGCCCCAUGUGCUGUGCCAUCCCUGACUGCUGAUCUCUUUCUGGAAAGCCUGUCACAGGGUGGAUGCCUUUAUUAGACACAUGAAAUACAUGGCCAGCCACUGACGGGGAAAAUAAGACUCUUGCCUGCCAACCCUUCUUCUGACAAGCAUUCAGAGUUGCAUUCAGAUCAUUCAGGAAAUAACAGAUGUAAACACCUUGGGUAAAAGAUUUUAACCCAAGCCCCAAUUGCAUCUAUUUUUAGACAAGCAAUGCCUUCCACUUAAGUGUACACUAAUUGUGAUGAUCUCACAUAGUGUUGUUUCUGUGUAUUCUCAAUAAACAGCCAGUUCCUGAUAUUGAAA